CAGAGAGCGCACUCCCUCUGCUUUACGCGAUGACCAUGGAGGCGUCCAGGAGUUUAACAGGAGGAUGUUAUUCAAUUAACGACCUGAGGAGACGGGACGCCGAUGGAUUUUGUUAAUAUACUCCGCGGUGAAGUGAUGGAAGUGUUCAGCAACUGACGAGGCGCAAAAGUUGUUGGUUUUUCUGCUUUUGGAGACAGUGGACAGUUCGGCCACUUAAGCGACCAGAAACAAUCAGAAAGGACGGAACGAAAAAAAUAAAAAUUAGAAAAUCAUGCACUGUUCAUAUCAAUGGAGAGAUGGCAUGCGUGCUCCUCUUCAGUCGACUUCUUCCCUUCUCACAUCGGCUCACAAGAACAUCCAUCUGCUUAUUAUCCCUUUUCCUUUCAUAUUUGUGCUACUGUGCUCUGUUCCCUGCCGAUACCAUCAUGCAACACUCAGGUGAUCCGACGCCCAGCUGUCAGCGCGUCCUGGCUGAUGGAGCCAAAAAGCGCAUUCAGAAAUCCCUGUCUUGCGUUUUGCCGUUGGAUGCGCGACCGAGUAGUGUUGAGGCAUCUCGGCUGAAAACCGACCAAAGACCUCCUUCGACUGUCCACAACGUCGGGAACGACACGCCCAGUCCCCCCAUGGGCAACUUAAAGUUUGGGAAUAAAAAGUUACCAAAUGCCAUCAUAGUUGGGGUGAAAAAAGGAGGAACCAGAGCUGUUCUGGAGUUCAUAAGAAUUCAUCCCGACGUACGAGCGGCUGGCACCGAGACACACUUCUUUGACAGGAACUAUGAUAGAGGACUGGAGUGGUACAGAGGUUUAAUGCCAAGGACUCUUGAAAGCCAAAUCACGAUGGAGAAGACACCAAGCUACUUUGUGACAAAGGAGACACCGCACCGGAUCUCUGCCAUGUCCCGAGAUACCAAGCUCAUUGUGGUUGUGCGUGACCCCGUCACUCGUGCAAUAUCAGACUACACUCAGACUUUAUCCAAAACUCCUGACCUGCCGACCUUCCAGGAGCUGGCCUUCAGAAACCAGAGCCUGGGCAUUGUGGACACGUCGUGGAACGCCAUUCGGAUCGGCCUAUAUGUUCUGCACCUUGAAAACUGGCUCCGCUACUUCCCUCUGGCUCAGAUCCACUUUGUGAGCGGAGAGCGUCUUAUCACAGACCCAGCAGGGGAGUUGGCUCGGGUGCAAGACUUCCUUGGGUUAAAGCGCAUUGUGACAGACAAACACUUCUAUUUUAACCGCACCAAGGGCUUCCCUUGCCUUAAGAAGCCAGAGAGCAGCGGCUCGCCCCGCUGCCUGGGCAAGUCCAAGGGCAGAACUCAUGUGCAGAUAGACAGAGAUGCUAUUGAGCAACUGCGAGACUUCUAUAGACCUUACAAUGUCAAGUUUUAUGAAAUGGUGGGUCAUGAUUUCAAGUGGGAGUAGAGGUUUAAGACAUAUUUUUAAAUGGUACAAGAAAGAUUUAUGUAUUCCACCAAUGUUCUUUCACAAAUGGUUUGCCUACAGUAAUAUGUCAUCGCUAAGGCGAAUAGCUAACUAUCAGCAGUCUCCAGACAAUUUUCAAGUGAAACAGCAGAAGCAGUAUUAUUCUUUGAAGUGACACUAAUGAACAGAGCAGAAUCUAAGAUGACAUUGCUUUUGCACUUGUAAUGAUCAGUUACCAGCGAGCAUAAGCAUCCUGUUUGUUGCUAGAUAUAGUCAUCAUUUCAGCUUCAGGAUCACCUGAUUUCUGUUCCUGUUACUGUGUACCGUAUUAUUGCUGACUGUAUUUCCCAUUUGCUGACUAGUUUAUUAAAAAAGGGAACAUUCCAGGGAAAGGGAUUAGUUCCUCUUAAAAACCUGCUUCACUAAUCAAGGCAGGGCUUGAAAGCAAGACCUUGGAAAAUGUCAGUGAAAUCUUCAGGGAGAGCAGAAUUAAGCUGCAGCACUGUGGUGGUAAAUCUGAAAUGUAAAGCCAUAACGCAAGUAUGAACCACCUAAUGUCACGUAUUGUUGGUCUCAUCAGUUUCUAUACACGGUGAAAGGCUUUCUCUCUCAUUCUUUCCAGCAUGAAUCGGAUAAGUUAGUAUUUGCUGUAACAUGCAGCACUUCACUUUGUCUUCUGUGCAUUAUUUAAAAAAUCCAUGUUUAUAUUUUUGUUAAAAAAUAAUAUUUAUUCACUGCCUUACCCACAAUGCUUGUCCAUGAACUUCAUUAAAUGAAGCAGAAGCACAAAUACAUUUAUGAAAUUAAUAAUUCUGUUUCAUCUGAAACCUUGACAUUGAUAAAUUGCAUUUUGCAAAAAUGCAUGUUGAAUAA